CUAUUUUUUUCUGUAGAAAAUAAGCUGAAUGGAGAGAAACAAGAAAAAGGAAAAAAGUGUAGGAUGUGCUGGUAAAGUGUACAGACUAAGUCUAAAGAUGAGUUACAGGGGGUGGGGUGGUUUGCAAAAACUGGAUCAAUCUCCCUUCAGCUCCUGUCUGUAAAGGGGCGUGCACAGCAUAUAAAAAAAUCCCAGUCCUGCAGCUCGACCGGAGCAGUGUGGAUUUGCAGUCAGGGGAUAUCCUUUGUCAUCAUUACCAUCUUCUCUCAGAGCAAAGCUGCCCUCUCUGUCUAUCCUUUUCUUGGCAUUGCUUCUCUUUUAUAUUGUUGUCUCUCCAGCAUCAUGUCGUCAAACGGCGCUGACGGGGACUUGCUGCAGAUCCCUCUGGGGCUCAUCAACAGCGCAGGCAAGUACCUGACGGCGGAGAGCUUCGGCUUCAAGAUCAACGCCUCGGCCAGCAGCCUGAAGAAGAAGCAGACCUGGACGCUGGAGCAGACCGGGGAGGACGGCAGCGCCGUUUUCCUUGUGUCCCACCUGGGCCGCUACCUCGCCGCGGACAAAGGCGGCAACAUUACCGCGGACAGCGAGACGCGCGGCCGGGACUGCCGCUUCGUCAUCACAGCACAUGAGGACGGGCGGUGGUCACUGCAGUCUGAGCCCUACGGUCGCUUCCUCGGCGGUAGCGAGGACCGGAUCACCUGCUUUGCGCAGACAGCCUCUCCGGCGGAGAAAUGGAGCGUUCACCUGGCUGUGCAUCCGCAGGUGAACCUUUACAGCUUUGCGCGGAAACGCUUCGCGCACCUGAGCGCCCAGGAGGUGUCCAUAGACCGGGACGUCCCCUGGGGCGUCGACUCGCUGGUGACGCUCGUCUACCGAGAUCAGCGCUACCAUCUGGAGACCUCUGACAACCGCUUUCUGCGCAACGACGGCAGCCUGUCCGCGAAAACGGACAAGGACACCGGCUACAUGCUGGAAUUCCUCUCCGGGAAAGUGGCAUUCCGCGACUGCAACGGCCGCUACCUGGCACCCGUGGGUCCCACGGGGACAAUGAAGUCUGGGAGGAGCGCCCGUGUGGGAAAGGAUGAACUAUUUGGCCUGGAGCGCAGCCACGCUCAGGUGCUGCUGACUGCGGGCAACGAGAAGAAUGUCUCUACGAGGCAAGGCAUGGACCUUUCAGCCAAUCAGAAUGAGGAAGGGGACCAAGAAGUCUUUCAGUUGGAGAUGAACCGUGAAGACAGGAAGUGUGCUUUUAGAACUGCUGCUGGGAAAUACUGGACACUGACAGCAACUGGAGGACUGCAGUGCACGGCCUCCACUAAGGCUGCUAACACUUACUUUGAACUGGAGUGGCGUGAUGGUUGUGUGUGCAUUCGUGCAGCCAAUGAGAAGUAUGUGAUCGCCAAGAAGAACGGCCAACUGGCAGCUGCAGUUGACAAUACAGGGGAGGCUGAGCAGUUCCUAAUGAAGCUGAUUAACCGUCCAAUUAUCGUUCUGCGUGGAGAGCAUGGUUUCAUUGGAGCUCGUAAAGCUGGUCUUCCAACCCUUGACUCCAACCGGGCAUCCUAUGAUGUUUUCCAACUGGAGUUCCAUAACGGUGCUUAUUCCAUCAAAGACUUCCAGGGGAAGUACUGGUGCGUUGGAGACGACUCCGCAGUGGUAUGCAGCAGCCCCACACCUGUCCAGUUCCUGCUUGAGUUCUGCGAUCUCAACAAAAUGGCAAUUCGAGCUCUGGGUGGGAAGUACCUUAAAGGCGACCAUGCUGGAGGGCUGAAGGCCAGCGCAGACUCUGUGGAUAGCGCCACCCUCUGGGAAUACUGAGAAAUUACGUUUUUUCUCUGCACAAUGCUUCAAACUAUUGAUACUCAAUGUAUGCAGAUUUUUUUCUUAUGUGUGUUUGCAUUUGUUUGGAUGGCUGUGUUGUUUUGAAUGUCAUUUCACCGAGGUGCUGCAGACAUUUUCUUUUCUAAUAAUGAAGUAAUCUUCCAGGGUUCCUACUGGAGAUUUCCAGCGACUUGUCGAUGUUCUGAAUGUGUCGCCACACAUCAUUUGGUUGACGUCCAGUCAAACUUACACAAGCUAUACCUAAUGGCUCUACCUAUCUGUGGUGACUGCUGGUAUAGCAUGUAACAUGUAGAACGUUGUAACUCUAAACUUUCAGUAUCAAGUUUUCUGCUGCUAUCAAUUCCUCCUGGCUAUAUUCUCUGCUCUCAUUUCUUGCUGUCUGUCGAAACACAUCUAUAUAAGACACCAGAAGAAGCGAUGUCAAUGGUUUGUAUUUGUUGGCUGUAAAUAAGGCUUUCUCUACUGCUUGAAUGCUUCAAAACAUGAUAACCAUGGAAACGUUGAAGGAGAAUACGGAUGGUAAAUCUAGGAUUUGCCCAUGUGCUGCAUUUCAAAUGUAAGCAAGGCUUUACACACUCAUUGAAUCUCUCUCCGUUUGCCUCUGAGAGCUUAUAAUAUCUCCCAUCAUUUGAGGGUGGAUUCUUUAUAUAAUACUGUUAAAAGCACAGGUGGUAGAAGAAGAUCUUUAUAAGCACACAGUAUACAUGGAUGCACAUACCUUAUCUUGAACUGUGAAAUGACAACGAAUAAUGAUCAUUGGAAUAAAGAUGUGUCUGUUUAAAAUAAAUCAAAAGCACAUGUUUUUUAAUAUCAGGGGUGCUGCUGCUGGUGUGUAAACACAAUGGUAGAAUCAUCAUCCCUAUGGAUCCUAUUGUUGCUGUGCCUUCAGUAGAGUACAUGUACUUGUUUCUCAUUCAUGCUUUUUCCAUUUUACUGAACCAAACAAAACUUCAAUAAAGUUCUCUCUUACACAGUUAAA